UUAUCCGCCCGCUUCCGCCGGAAGUCAAGGUUGGGGAACUUGUUCGAGGCGGCACCGGAGGGCUCGGUCACGGGACGGAGCUUCGGCGGCGGCGGCGGCGAUGGCGGCGACGGCGGCGCUGACUCAGGGGCUGGAGCGGGUCCCCGACCAGACCGGCUACCUGGUCAUCUGCGACGGGGCGGUGCUGGCGUCUUCGGGCGACCUGGAGAACAACGAGCGGACGGCCGGGGUGAUCUCGGAGCUGGUGAACACAGCCUGCGCUUUCCGCCUGCCCCGCUGCCCCGAGGUGCCCUUCAGGCGUAUCUCUGUGGUGUUUGGGGAGCACUCCUUCCUUGUGACCAUAUCUGGUCAGAAGCUGUUUGUGGUGAAGAGGCAGAACAGCGUCCGGGAGCCUGUGAUCGUCUGAACUUGACCUGCCUGCUUCUGCUGUAACUGACUUUGGGAGUGGGGGACUCAAGGAGAGUUGGAGUGCAGGAACAAAGCACCUUCUUUUUUGUAUGUGUGUGGGGCUCAUCCCUGUGUUGAUACUGGGUCACAAGAGGGCUGGCGGCUCCUUGGAUGCGUUGUACAUUCUGCUUAAAGGCUUUGUGCCGCUGGGGGUUUGCUCCAUAUACCUGUGGGCGUGAUGGCAGUAUCAUGUGAAAUAAAGUUCUUUGAAAAGAGACAA